AGGAGCCGGCAAAUCCACACCGGCGCUCCUGGACAAGCGACGCGACAACAGUUCCACUUGUCUUCUCUCAUUAAAUUGAACUAAACUGAUUCCCUAAGAAAGGUGAAGGACAGCGGCAAAAAAAAAAAAAAAAAGACAGAUGAGAGAUGUAUCCAGCUGUACAAUGGACUUUGCUUCUUCUUCUGGGAGGUUUGGUGACACAAGACUGCCAUGCAUCUAAAGCAGAAGACCGCCUCUUCAGAAAGCUUUUCAGGAGGUACAACCAGUUCAUCAGACCAGUGGAGAACGUCUCAGACCCUGUCACGGUGGAGUUUGAAGUCUCCAUCUCACAGCUGGUCAAAGUUGAUGAGGUCAAUCAGAUCAUGGAAACAAAUUUGUGGCUCAGGCAUAUCUGGAAUGAUUACAAGUUGCGAUGGAUGCCAGAUGAGUUUGAUGGAAUUGAGUUCAUUAGAGUGCCAUCAAACAAGAUCUGGAGACCCGACAUCGUUCUCUAUAAUAAUGCUGUUGGGGAUUUCCUGGUGGAGGAUAAAACCAAGGCACUGCUGAAGUUUGACGGAACCAUUACCUGGAUUCCUCCCGCAAUUUUCAAAUCCUCCUGCCCUAUGGACAUCACCUACUUCCCCUUCGACUAUCAGAACUGCUCAAUGAAGUUUGGCUCAUGGACUUAUGACAAAGCCAAGAUUGACCUGGUACUUAUUGGAUCUAAGGUCAACCUCAAAGACUUCUGGGAGAGUGGCGAAUGGGAGAUCAUUGACGCUCCAGGCUACAAGCACGACAUCAAGUACAAUUGCUGCGAGGAAAUCUACCCGGACAUCACAUACUCCUUCUACAUCCGUCGCCUGCCACUCUUCUACACCAUCAACCUCAUCAUCCCCUGCCUCCUCAUCUCUUUCCUCACAGUGCUGGUUUUCUAUCUCCCGUCUGACUGUGGAGAGAAGGUCACGCUCUGUAUCUCCGUCCUGCUCUCCCUCACUGUAUUUCUACUUGUUAUCACCGAGACCAUCCCCUCCACAUCUCUGGUCAUCCCGCUGAUUGGAGAGUACCUGCUCUUCACCAUGAUCUUCGUCACACUCAGCAUUGUCAUUACGGUUUUCGUAUUGAACGUGCACUACCGCACUCCCGUGACGCACACCAUGCCCAGUUGGGUGCGCUCAGUGUUUCUUAAAGUGCUGCCGAGGCUUAUGUUGAUGCGGAGACCAAUUGAUGAAGACGGCAAGUCCGGAGGGUUGGAGAACAGUGGGGAGGCAGGAGGAGCUGGAGGGGGAGGAGGAGGCCGAGGAGGGAAGAAGAGGACGAAUAAGUUGACCCAGCAGGUUGGAGGGGGUUCCUUAAACUGUCUGGAGUUUGGGGACAGUACGUUGUCCUCCAGGGAAAGCUGCGCUGAGGUAAAAUGCUCUUGUCCCUGCCAGAAUGGGAAAGAAAGUCCUGAAUCGACAACAACUGGAAAAAGGACAUGUCAGCUGAGUCCACGGAGCAAAAAUUCAGUACUGGUCUUCUCUGUUGUGUCACCCGAAAUUAAGCAGGCCAUCGAUAGUGUCAAAUACAUAGCUGAGAACAUGAGGAGCCGAAACAAAGCCAAAGAGGUGGAAGAUGACUGGAAGUACGUUGCCAUGGUGAUUGACAGAAUCUUUCUAUGGGUGUUUGUCACAGUGUGUGUCCUGGGGACAGUGGGCCUCUUCGUCCAACCGCUUUUUGGAUUCGUCUCAUAACCUCUUACCAAUCAGGGUUUACUGCCACCCUGACAAGACCAUUCUGAACAAAUGAUCCAUUUGAAGACAAAAAAAAUUUACUCAAACAGGACUCGUUGAUCAAUUCGUUUCGCUUUUGGCAGAGAGCAGCAGACAUUUUUAAUGCCUUCAUUUUAUGCCUAUUAAUGCGGCAUAUUAUUUUACCAUAAUUGCCCCCAAAUCAAUACCAUGGUAUAAUGAGGACACCUCAUAAAGACUUUAUAAAUAGUUUCCAAACAUGGCAAUUAUAAAGUUAUAAACUCUCCAACUCAUUAAUGAAGCACUGCACCUAAUUUUCAUUAUCAGUUAAACAACAGUGUGGCUUAAUAACUGAAGUGUUCUGGCUAUUGCUGGACUUCUGCACUAUUCUACAUUUAUAUACUAAUCAUGCAGUCACCUGCGCCCACUCUUUUGAAAUGUGUAACAUAUAGUAGUGCAAUUAUUAAUUACAAAAGCUACUGCUAUUUUAAGUUGUCAAAGGGCAAGGCAGUCGGGCUAAUUUCUGUAUACACCUCUUUUAGACUGGCGCCUGUAUUGUUAAAAUCUGACACAAAUAACACUUCAAAUUACUACUUGUUGCUGGCUCUGCUGACCACGUGUAUAUUGUAAUUCUUAAUUUCAUUUGGUUGAUAAAACGUAUUGUAAUCCCUCAAGGGGGAAUUAAACUUUCACUUUGCUCUAUAUUAUUUUUAUUGCACAUCACAUAGAGAACCAUAUCACACACCUGCAGGCAUGCUAGUAGAGAUGUCAGAGUAAAGUGCAAACUGUACUGCACCUGAGUUAGCGGAUGGGUUCAGUGCCUUGCUCAAGGGCACAUCAACAGUAGUCAGGAAACAGACUUUCAUUUCAUUUCUCCAACUAUUUCUUUUUGUCUGUAGCAGGACUCGAACUGCGACCCUCUGGUUCCAAAGUCCUUACACAUCAGCUACGGCCGCCCCACACAUUACUGAAAACACACUGAUCUUGUUACAUAUUUUACAACGAAUGUUUGUCUCUUAGUGGCCUUUGGGCUGCUAUACUUCUCACUACACAAUGCUUGUGUGCUUACGCUGACUUUUGUGACAGAUCAAAUUUAGACAACAAAGGUGGGAGUAUAUGGUGACGUGGGUUUCAAAUCAAAAUUCUUCACAGUUAACUGUGUCAUCUGACCGCUUAAACCUGAUUCAAGAGAGACACAGAAGAGCAUUGACUUCAAACCACUUUCGGGGUGUAUAUUUUCCUCCGCCCUUUGUAUUUGCCAAUUCAAAAAGAUGAUACAAAUGGAUCAUUUUUAGUGGCGCUACAAGCAGCGAUAGACAGACUGAGCAAAGCGGACAAGAGGAGAAAACACCAGGUGAGGAUGGAGGAAGAUAAGUUGCUGGUGAAGCAAUUUCUAACCAUCACUUAGUUAAUCUACAUGGAGAGCAUGUGUUGUUUCUUCUAGUCUUUUAGAGGCAUACUGGUGUAGCGUAUAUUGGUUUAAAUAAAAAUGUAAUUAAUUUGGAAAAAGAGACGAAGGAAGGUAAAUUGUUGUUCGUCACACCUCGUUAGGAGAAUAUAACCGCCUCUCUCCCCGCCUGUUUCCGGGAUCUACUAGCAAGUUCAGAGAACUCACGUUUGGUUGGGAGUGUAUCUGGUAGCACAGCAGCAACUGUUCUGGAGGCUUAGCAGCGGUGAGCCAUGGAGGCUAGGGAGCCGGCUCUCCGUCCCCAAGGCCCGUGGUUACCGAGCUGCGUGCCCCAACAAAAGGAAGGGGAGGUGUGAGGGGUGGCCGAAGCUGGGGAGCUGAUAGCAAGAGCCACAAACCAAGACAGGAGCUAAGAACCAAGAGAGUGAGGCGGCGGGAGUCAGGGGUUAAAUACCCGGGGGGUGUGUCGAAGAGGACCGAGGGCCAGACAAGACCGCACCCAUUAGCUUGAAUCUAGUCUACAAUUGUGACCCAUGAAAUGGGUUUAAAAUCAUACAUUAAUAUAAAAUACUCCCAACUUUGUACUCUUUACUCAUAGAUCAAGCAUAUAGAAUGACUGUUUAAAACUUUAGUCUUGGCAAAUCAACUGCUUAUGGUUCAAUCACAUUUCAUGCUGCUUAGGGUUUCAAAUCAGGGCAAACAGUUCUCAAAGUCUUGCAGCUGCACCGGUAAAGUUGGCACACAGACACCAAGGCAUACAUUUGGAAUAUUUCUGCAGAAUUCGUGAAAUAUCAAAACAGACAUUUAUUUUUGGUUAGCAAACAACUGAAUGGAACUUCACGGGUUGCAGUACUCUCAAACGCCAGUGGGUAGCGGCUUGCGUGCACGUUUGAGUAUAAAGCAAAUAGUUCAUUGGUGUAUUCGUCGAUCUGUCCCUUUUGGCUGCUGUCAGUUCAAACGACAUUGAGGACAAAGUCCUGUUUUCGUUUUAAUUUCCCAUCCAUCCAUCCAUCCAUCCAUUUUCUGAGCCGCUUCUCCUCACUAGGGUCGCGGGCGUGCUGGAGCCUAUCCCAGCCGUCAUCGGGCAGGAGGCGGGGUACACCCUGAACUGGUUGCCAGCCAAUCGCAGGGCACAUACAAACAAACAACCAUCCGCACUCAAAUUCACAUUCACAACUACGGGCAAUUUAGAGUCUCCAAUUAAUGCAUGUUGUUGGGAUGUGGGAGGAAACCGGAGUGCCCGGAGAAAACCCACGCAGGCACGGGUAUAACAUGCAAACUCCACACAGGCGGGGCCGGGGAUUGAACCCAGGUCCUCAGAACUGUGAGGCUGACGCUCUAACCAGUCGUCCAGCGUGCCGCCGUUUUAAUUUCCCAUUUAAAAAAAAAUAAAAUAAAAUAACAACAUUCAAGAAAGAGUUUUUUUCUCAUGUUUUGUAGGGUGAAAGCUGCAGCUGGCCUCUAGUGUGGACUGAAUGGGUGGCAACAAUGGGGAAAUGAAAUAGCAGUAUUUUUGGAAUGGUGAAUUAGUUAAAAACUGAAAUAGUUUUUUUUUUUGGAACGGUGAAAUGAACUUCGAACUAGUUUGCAUAGAAAAUAAACUUUGCCAACACUGCAGAUGGUGACUUUGAUUGUCAUACGUACAUCAUACUGAGUCUGAUUCAUUAAGCUGCAUGCAGUCAGAGACAAUCAUUCACACACUUGUCUCCUUUUUGAGUCAUUUUCAUGUAGAGGUCAGUUUUGUGAUGUACCAGCAAUUAUUGAAUAAAGGCAGGCGGUUUCUCCUUUGUAAUUAAAAUCCAUGUGUUUCCAAAUGUUCCCUAUGAUUAAUGUUCUACAUGUUAAUUGGUUCGCCACAGUAAAUAUUGCAUCCCAUCUUCUUGGUUUGUUGAUCCCAAAAUAGUAUUGCAUUUGUUCAUCAAGUAAUUGUUUCUAAUCCAGUGGUUAUUAAUUCUUAUUUUUACUUGCCACUUUUGAUUAUGUACUUUUGAUGUUCUGUAAGCGGCAGUAUUCAGGAUUGACAUCAGUGUGUUGUAAUAAAAUGUGUAGUUCUGACUGCAGGGAUUACAUUUAAUUGGGCAUUUUUUUAUAUAUUGUGCAAAGGGUUUAUAAAAUAGCA